CACAAUGCAUCGCUCGCGGCCGCUACAGCAUGUAUAAUUCUGCGGAAACUUUUAUUAAUUUGUUUGUUUUUAGUCACAUCUAUUAUUUAACAGGAUGUAAGUUCGCAUUAUAACUCCCCACAGCACAUUUAAAGCCUCUGCUCUAACGGAUUCGACCGGCAGAGAUUAGCGUUAGCCUGCUAGCUUAUAGCCGCGCAUAACGGUGACGUGCUGCACCACAAUAUUUAUAGUUUAUACAUGUUUUAAAGAUGUUGCUUCUGCUUUAAUUUAACGCUAGAGUUGUCUUAACUGGAUAAUGUACAGAUCUGUCACUAUAUAUUGUCUGUGAUGCGCAAGAAAACAGAAGAGUGUAACGUUAUAUUAACAUUAGCGAAGGUAAACAGCAGCUCCUCCGUCUUCAGGGUUUGGAUCUGUAAUUGAUCCUGAUUAUACAGCAGCAUGGACAAAGAGCAAAGAAAUAUCGUUGUUUUCAACGCAUCCAAGAGAGAGCUUUUCACCAGCAGCUCAGGAUACAAGUCCUUACAGAAGAAACUCCGAGCUCAGUGGAAGAUUCAAAGCAUUAAAGAGGAGCUGACGUUGGAGAAGCUCCAGGGAGUGAAGUUGUGGAUCACCGCAGGUCCUCGAGAGAAGUUCACUGCUGCUGAGUUGGAGGUUCUUAAGCAGUAUCUGGACAGUGGUGGAGCUCUUCUGGUGAUGCUCGGAGAAGGAGGAGAACUGAAAUAUGACACUAACAUCAACUUCCUCCUGGAAGAAUUUGGUAUUAUGGUUAACAAUGAUGCAGUGAUACGGAAUGUCUAUUACAAAUAUUUCCAUCCUAAAGAAGCGCUUGUGUCCAACGGUGUUCUCAACAGGGAGAUCAGCCGUGCUGCUGGUAAAGUGGUCACAGGAGUGAUUGAUGAAGAAAACACAGGCAAUAAUUCACAGGCACUUACGUUCGUCUACCCCUAUGGGGCCACGCUAAAUGUGAUGAAGCCUGCAGUGGCCAUUCUCUCCACUGGAUCUGUGUGUUUUCCACUCAACAGGCCUGUUCUGGCCUUCCACCACUCAAAGAACGCUGGCAAACUGGCAGUCCUGGGCUCCUGCCACAUGUUCAGUGACCAGUACCUGGACAAGGAGGAGAACAGCAGGAUAAUGGAUGUUGUUUUCCAGUGGCUUACAACCGAUAGCAUUCAUCUGAACCAGAUCGAUGCAGAGGACCCAGAGAUCACUGACUACAUGAUGCUGCCGGACACCGGGAGUCUGUCUGAACGCCUGAGAGUGUGUCUGCAGGAGGGAGACGAGAACCCGCGAGAUUUCACAUCUCUCUUCGACAUGUCCUUGCUAAAGCUGCACACAAACACUCUUCCUUCUGUCCUGGAUGCUUACAAGCAGCUGAAUGUUAAACAUGAGGCUCUCCAGCUGAUCACACCACAGUUUGAAACCCCUCUGCCUCCUCUGCAGCCUGCCGUUUUUCAGCCGGCCUUUAGAGACCUUCCUCCACCAAUGCUAGACCUGUUUGACCUGGACGAGACCUUCUCCUCUGAGAAAGUCCGACUUGCUCAGCUCUCCAAUAAAUGUACCGAUGAUGAUCUUGAGUUUUACGUUCGUAAAUGUGGAGACAUCUUAGGAGUGACGGGGAAUUUGGACAAAGACAAACGAGAUGCCAAGCACAUACUGGAGCACGUCUUCUUCCAAGUGGUGGAGUUCAAGAAACUCAAUGAAGAGCACGAUGUGGACACAGCAGAAGCGAGGUUCAGCAUGUACUGAAGCAGGAGCUCAGGAGGGUUUAUUUAGGAGAUUUGUGUGUACAUUAUAGAGACUCAAUCUGCAGUGGAGCUGUGAACACAUCACUACCGGUGCAAGAUAAUGAUCAGGUGUGGUUUAUCAGAUCUAUAAUUAUGAACUUUUCAAGCCUAUGCUUUAAGGAAUGAACCUUUCUUGUAAGAGUUUUGUCAAUAAAUAUGAGCUUUUGUAUAUCCACA